AUGUCCAGCUCCAUCUAUGCUGCUCUCCACAUUCUGCUCAGUAUUUUCAUCCCAGCUGCCAACAUUCUGGUCAUUGUCAUCUUGUCCAAGUUACUAAAGAAAAAGCACUGCAAGAGUUACAUCUUUAUCCUGAACCUGGCUGCUGCAGACCUGCUGGUGGGACUUAUGUGCAUCAUGGAAGCCUUAGAUGAUCUGUUUGAUGGAGACUUUGAUGGGAACCUCUUCUUCUGUCUGCUGAGGUUAUGUUUCACAAUCACCCCUUGCAUUGGAUCCAUGUUAACCCUACUCUUAAUCUCCCUGGACAGGUACCUGGCUGUGAGGAUGCCACUGUAUUACAUCAAGAUCAUGAAUAGUAAGUGUGUUGGCAUUUCCCUGGCAGUUCUGUGGGUGGUCUCCUUCUUUGUUGGCCAUAUGCCUUUAAUAACCCCUUCACUGCAGCACAGCAAUUAUACAGGGAUUUGCGGACUCUUCUAUGCAGCAAAAAGCGACUAUCUAUAUGUUCUGUGCUUCGUUAUUUUUCUCCCAGCCUUGGUGACCAUAGUAUGUCUUCACACUGCUGUUGGAAGGAUUGCCUAUAUCCAUCACAGACGCAUUCAAAGGACUAGGACUAUAGGUGGGCUUCCUAACACGCACCCAGCACAUUCAUCACAGUUUAAGGCAGCUAGGACAGUGCUUAUAGUCAUCAUCUGCUUUGCCCUCUCAUGGGGUCCUUACUACAUCACUGGAAUCAUCCAAGCCACCUGCACCUCCUGCAAGCUUGUGGACUUACUAAAGGAUAUUUUAUUUGCAUUGGGAGAAGCAAACUCCCUCCUAAACCCUAUAAUCUACACCUUUUCUUGCAGAGACAUAAGAAGUUACUUUUUCAAGCACAUCAUCUGCAGAAGGAGAAAGGUGAAGCCCCAGGGUCUAGCCUUAGCCCACUUCACCAAUAUUGGAGGAGCAGCCAUGCAUGAAGACUCCACACUGGCUCAAAAUUCUGGUGACACUGGCCAUAACCUGUCUAUUUUCAUUAACAGUGAAUAUUGUAAGGGCACACCUUGA